AUGUCUAGAAGACGUAUCAUAGGUCCCAUUUUUUUCAACGAUACUAUUACGGCAGAAAGAUAUCGCACACAAAUAUUGGAUACCUUUUUAAAUCAACUUCACGACGACGAAAUAAGGGAAGGAUAUUUUCAACAGGAUGGAGCUACAGCACAUACUGCACGGGCUACACUCCAGUACUUGGAACAAUUUUAUGACAAUCGUUUAAUUAGCAAAGGAUUAUGGCCUCCUCGUUCUCCUGAUCUAACUCCGUUAGAUUUUUUCCUAUUUCCCACAUUAAAAAACAACGUUUUUCGAAACCGUCUCCAUACUCUUGAUGAACUACGAGCAGCAAUUAUUGAGGAACUAGAAAGAAUUUCACCUGAAACUCUGGAGAAAGUGUUUGACAAUAUGAAGCGUAGAGUGGAAUUGUGCCGUGAACACAAUGGUGGACAUUUUGAGCAAUUUUUAUAG